ACCUUCUCCCGUCCUCCAUUGGUGUCAGCAGCUCUGUGCUACUUAUGAUUCUUCUACACGUCCUUGCUGGCUUUCUCUACACAUUGGACCUUUCUCUUCAUGCUCGUGCUUCCGCUUUGACGACGGCCAUCGCGGCGAACGAACGGUUGUGUUUCUACGCUGACGUGGAUAAAGUUGGGGAGAAAAUUGGCUUCUACUUUGCUGUGCAAUCUGGAGGCUCGUUUGACAUCGACUUCGAUGUGAAAGACCCCAACGACAAGUUUUUGCUGCAAGGAAAGCGGGAGCGUCAAGGAGACUACGUCUUCACCGGCAACGUUCAGGGCGAAUAUUCCUUCUGUUUCGAAAAUGACAUGUCCACGCUCACUGAAAAGCUCAUCGACUUCGACAUUAUGGUGGAAAGCGAGCCAAGGAGAGAGGCACCAGCGAAGCCCGGUCAGAUCUCAGAGCAGACAAGUGCGUUGGAGGAGAGUGUGUUCCGGCUCAACGGCAUGCUCAUGAACAUCAAACGAACUCAGAAACACUUCCACACGCGAGAGAACCGUGGGUUCUCAAUCGUGAAGUCGAUUCAAAAUCGUUUAUUCUGGUAUGCUGUCUUCGAGAGUCUGGGCGUUGUCACCAUGGCUGUCUUCCAAGUUUAUGUGCUACAAACAUUCUUCACCAAAACCGGACGACGGUACAAGGUUUAAAUGGUAGUGCUGCGGCUCUGUACUUUUACGAGAGGAUGUCCGAUGCAUUCUAUAUAUCCCAUAUUUUGGACCACGCUCGCUGGUCUGAAGCUUUGAGCCCACACAA